UUCGGAAAAUUGCUGUAUGGUCCGCUUCUAUUUACUAGGCUUUUUUCCAAUUUGUCACGCAAAAUUUAUUUAAUGUAAAACAAAAUUAAUAAAAGUUAUUUAAAAUAUUAAUACAAAUCAAAAGUUAGUGGCUGGGGAGAGUGAAAACAAAUGCCAAUUGUCCCUUCUUAUCAGUCGAUGUCCGUCUUUUCAAUGCAAAAUAUACAAAAAAAUAACAACAAAAUAUUUCUAGCAUAAAAACAACAACAGCUAUAGAAACAAUAAAUUAAAAGUGGAAACGUGAGUGCGUGCGUGUGUUAAAUUCCAAUUCCAACAAACCAAGGCGUCAUCGAGAGGGGGUGAGAUUUUUCUCUCAUAAAUUGAAGGAACAAAGGUUGGAAAUUUUCCAAAAAAAGGAUAUUUGAUAUAGCUUUUUGACAUAACUUCAUAAUUAAAAUAAACAAAAAAUUUCAAUUAAUUAAGCAGAAGAGAAGAGUGUGUGAGAGAGAAAGCAUUGAAAUACAAAAUAGAGAAAAUAACAACAACAAGUGUUUUGUGACGAACUGACUGCAUGUGAAGAAUGUAUAUCAACAAAAGGCAUAGAUUUUUUUGUUUCGGUUCCCCCAAAAAGUAAAUGCUACCAAAAAUAUUGUGUGGAAAAUAGAAAUUCAACUAAAAAUUUAAUUGACCCCUACCAUAAAUGCUACUAUGAUUCUGUGUGUACAUGCGCUGCGCUAGUGUUGUGAUUACUACAAAAUAAUUCGCUUACUUUAGAACAAAGUUUAAUAUUUGCUGUGCUGCAAUAGCCAAAAGAUAUAAAUUCAGUGUUUAUUUCUAAAUUUUAAUUUAACAAAAGACAACAUCAUCUUUAAACUGGCCACUGUUAGUGACAAAAAUCAUCAAUUCUUCGAUAACAUGGAUGAUGAAGAGGAAGAAGUUACCGACAUGAAACUACAAAUAUUCCACAACACUGUACGAGAACACAUUAUAUUCCUAUUGCUUUUAAUAGUUUUAUACUUUGCAUCGUACGUGUUAAUUUCACGGUUCAGACGUAAAGAUCGUGAUGAUCUAUUUUCCAAUGAUGACGAUGAAUUGCUGGUCUAUCGCAUAAGUUCAUGGCUUUGUACAUUUUCAAUGGCGAUUGCGGUUGGUGCGGCUCUUCUACUGCCCGUUUCAAUUGCCAGCAAUGAAGUAUUGUUACUCUAUCCGAACAGUUACUACGUCAAAUGGCUAAACAGUUCAUUGAUCCAAGGUCUUUGGAACCAUGUUUUUCUAUUCUCCAAUUUGGCAUUAUUCGUUUUCCUGCCAUUUGCCUAUCUAUUCACUGAAUCAACAGGCUUUUCGGGCCAUAAAAAGGGAAUCAUAGCACGAGCCUAUGAAACAUUUACAGUAUUUAGCCUAUUGGCAUUUGUUGUGCUGGGCCUGACAUAUGUGCUGUCAGCCGUAAUGGAUCCAGAAAAAAUUGGAUUUCUCUCAUUGUUCAAUUUGGGCAGUGUUCAUUUGCCAUUUUUGUAUUCAUGCGUAUCGUUUUUGGGUGUGCUACUACUACUCCUCUGCACCCCCUUUGGUUUUGUUCGUUUAUUCGGUGUGGUGGGUCAAGUUUUGGUCAAACCACACCUUUUGCGCGAUGUCAACGAGGAAUACAUUGCAUUUCACAUGGAAGAGGCUAGUGUUAAAAGAAAACUAGCCAAUUUGGAAUUGCAAAAUGUUAGCAUCAAUGAAUCUCUUCUCAGCAAUGGUAACGGUAGUUACACAACAUCUACAACAUCGUCGUCCAACAACAGCUACAGUCGAGGCAGCUAUGAUAUGCCAAAUGGCAACUAUCUUGCCAGUACCAUAACAAUUAUUGGCGGUGGCAAUUAUUUAAAUUCCUCAUCCCACACAGCCAAUAAUCAUCAUCACCAUCAUAAUGAAUUUCGUAGUAAUAAUUUCAGUAAUUACUACAAUCAUGUUAGCCAUAGAACGCCAUCAUUAUCCCAUCUAAUCCAAAGAAAACCCCUAAAUGGCGAAAGUCAUGAUAAUCUUGCUAAGCUCAAUGAAAGACUGAGAGAAUUAGAGUCUGAACGUAAAGAAUUGGAUAAAUUAAGAAAAUCAUCGGCAUUCCAGAGAAAUUUUGUCUAUCCGCUGGCCAUGCUGUUGCUAUUGUUUUUCACCGGCAUAACAGUGCUGUUGGUGGUGCAGAACACAUUGGAGUUGUUGAUUGGUAUUAAAGCAUUGCCGCUAAGUACCAGGCAAUUUACAUUGGGUAUAUCAUCUCUAUCCAAAUUGGGACCAAUUGGAGCUGGUCUCGAAGUGUGUCUCAUAUUUUAUUUGGGAGCCACUUCAGCCGUUGGCUUUUAUACCAUGCCAUUUAUGCGAAAUGUCCGGCCACAACGGCGUAAAACAUCACUAUCACAAUUGAUACUCAACUGUGCAUUAGUGUUGAUUCUAAGCUCCGCCUUGCCAUUGCUUAGCCGUAUUAUAGGCAUCACAAAUUUCGAUCUGCUGGGAGAUUUUGGUGCCAUCGAAUGGCUGGGAAAUUUCCAAAUUGUACUACUGUACAACUUAGUAUUUGGCACAACAACGGCACUGGUUGUGGCCAAUAAGUUUACAGCCACCGUGAGACAAGAAUUGUGUGCGCGGUUAGUAGAAAAUUAUGUAAUUUUCACAAAUUACAUGUCAUUCAUCAACUGAUAUUUACUAAAACGGCGCACUAAAAUCAUUCCACUGUCAAUGACUGCAACAACAGCAGCAGCAACGAUAACUGCAGCCACAAGUCAGCAUCCAUCUCUUUAUCAUUAUCAUCAACAUCAUCAAAUUCAUUUGCAUGGCUCAGCGACAAUAGAAGCUGGUAACAGUAGUAAAAUUUCAUUGCAUUCAUCGAAAUCAUCUCUGGCCGCCACCAACACCACUACAUCGCCUGCCUCUUUAAUCCAGUGGAGACGAGUGGUGGAACAACAUUUAAAUGGGGAUGGUUUUCUUGUGUCGUUUUUAAGAAAUUUUGCCAAUUUUUAUGCGAGACAUUUAAAAGUCGAAACUUAGUUUUAGGUUCACAAUGCGCAAUCAAUUUAACGAGAUAAUGUGUAAUGUUCUCCUUACAGAAAAUAUUCUAGCUAUCCUAUACAAAAGAAAAUUUUAAAAUAUCUUUAAAUAUAAUUAUAACAUAACAAACUACUAAUACUAUAUUUAUGGCAUUAAACUUCUACUGCAUUGUUUCUGUACUAAAAACGAAAAAUUUAUCAUUAUUUCAUUGUAUUCUAAAUUAGCAAAAUAAUAUAAAAUUUACUAGAAUUGUAAUUUAAACUAACAAGACAACUUAGUAACAAAUUAUACAUAAUGAUUUAAAUAUUCUAUCUAUACAUAUAUAUAAAUAUUUAUUUGCAAACGAAUUUAUCAUUUCUCAUUUUUCUUUCAUAUACUAUUUUUAUCAUUAUUUUCUAAUUUUUUUUAUAAAUUUAAAAAGGAUCUUUUUUUAAAGUAUUAAAACAAAAAGAAAAAGACAAUCACAAAGACAUUAAUACUUUGAAUUAAUACUACAUCCACUUGAAGCUAAUUCCACAAUGACAUUUUUUUAUUAUCCAUAAAAGAAUCCUUUCUAAUUUGACAUAAAUGCUCUUUUCACCGAGGGAAAUUAUAUUAUUUUCAAUAUGUUUUAUUUGUCCCCCUCAAAAUUAUCUUUAUUUUAUAAAGUGUCGCAAAUUCAAUUACAAUUCGAAACAAAAGAAUGUGCGUCCUUACCUUCAAAGCUUUAUAUACUUUUAUUUGAUUUUAGCAGUAGAAAUCUAUAGAUUUUUAAUUAUCCUAAUUAAGUUCUGUUCUAAAAAUAAAAAAACAAAAACUUUUUAUGUGUUCGAAAUAUAAUACCAUCCAUGAUAAAACAAAAAAUAAAAUAACCACUAAAUUAAUGUUAACAAAA